UGUAAUUUUUUUUUUUUUUGGCCAGGCACAAAAUAUUGAGCUUGUGUGCCUCAAAAUAUGGCUUUAGGAAGAUAUUCCAGGGUGGAUGGGAGGAAAUCAUUGAGUUACUGUUCGGGUAUUACUGCCGUUGUGCUUGUGGGUGUUUGUUUGGUUGGAGUUUGGAUGCUGAUGUCAUCAUCCAUUGUUCCUGUUCAGAAUUUAGGGUUCUCUUUCCCGGAGACUAAGACCAAGUUAAAAGAAAAAGUAGAGACUGAUCAUAAUCAAUUUGAAGACAGUACCGGUGAUUUACCAGAGAAUGCAUUGAAAGAUGACAGUAGCCUAGACAAUAAUCGGGAUAAGGGCAAUUUAGGUGUUGAGGACAGUCAAAAUUUACCUGAAAAAAGUUUGGCGACUACUGUUGAGGAAGCACAGCAAGAAAAAUUUGUAAAGGAAAGCACCAAAAGUGAUGGAGAUUUAAAAAAGGAAGAAUCGGAAUCCAAUUCAGAUGGGAAAUCAAAUUCAGGUGGUGACCGCUCAAAUUUAGCAGAUGGAGACUCCAAUCCAGAACGUGGUGAGACUAGAACAGAAGGUAGUGAAACGAAUGCCAGUGAGCAUUCAGAAUCAGAGGAAAGCCCAAGUGAAAAUCAACUGAAUUUGGAGGAGGGUAUGAAACCAAAUAAUGAGAAAAAUGUAGAGGAAACAAAGCAUGACGAUAAAGUCAAUGUUCAGCCUGAGGAGAAGAUUGAAGAGAAUCAAGAUAAGGAUUCAGACGUAAGCACUGGUGGAAACAAGAUGGAAGAUCAGGCAAAAGACCAGUCUGAGAUUUUGAAUGAGACUAACAUCCAAAAUGGGCCUUGGUCAACUCAAGUGGCAGAGUCUGAGAAUGAGAAGGAAUUGCAAAAAAAUGUCUUGUCAAAAGAUCAAAAUGAGCAUAAGUGGAAAAUUUGUAAUAUCACUGCUGGGCCAGACUAUAUUCCCUGCCUGGACAAUAUACAAGCUAUCAGAAAACUUCCAAGUACAAUGCACUAUGAACAUCGAGAGAGGCAUUGCCCAGAUGAAGCUCCAACUUGCCUUGUUGCUCUACCAGAAGGAUACAAACGACCAAUUAAGUGGCCUAAAAGCAGGGAACAGAUAUGGUACUACAAUGUUCCACACACAAAGCUUGCAGAAAUUAAGGGGCAUCAAAAUUGGGUUAAGGUUACUGGAGAUUACCUUACUUUCCCUGGUGGUGGGACUCAAUUUAAGAAAGGCGCCCUUCAUUACAUUGAUUUCAUCCAGGAAUCUCUUCCUCAGAUUGCUUGGGGUAAACAAAGCCGUGUGAUAUUGGAUGUUGGGUGUGGGGUGGCCAGCUUUGGAGGAUAUCUUUUUCAUAGAGAUGCACUUACAAUGUCAGUUGCUCCCAAGGACGAGCAUGAAGCGCAAGUGCAAUUUGCACUUGAAAGAGGGAUCCCAGCUGUAUCAGCGGUCAUGGGUACCAAGAGACUGCCUUUUCCCAGUAAGGUCUUUGACAUUGUCCAUUGUGCUAGAUGUAGAGUCCCUUGGCACAUUGAAGGGGGUAAACUUCUCUUAGAGUUGAAUCGUCUUUUGCGCCCUGGAGGAUACUUUGUGUGGUCUGCUACUCCAGUUUACAGAAAGGGGUCCGAAGAUGUUGGAAUUUGGAAAGCUAUGUCUAAACUGACAAAGUCAAUGUGCUGGGACCUGGUGGUGGUUAAGAAGGAUACAUUGAAUCGAGUUGGUGCAGCUAUAUACAGAAAGCCGAUUUCCAAUGAGUGCUAUGAGCAAAGACCAAAAAAUGAGCCUCCAAUGUGUAAAGAAUCUGAUGACCCGGAUGCAGCAUGGAACAUAUUGCUCCAGGCAUGCAUACACAAAGUAUCAGUGGGUGCAUCAGAGCGUGGGUCGCGGUGGCCAGAGCAAUGGCCACUAAGAGUGGAGAAAGCACCCUACUGGUUAAAAAAUUCAGAGGUUGGAGUUUAUGGUAAAGCAGCUCCGGAGGACUUCGUCAAGGACUUUGAUCACUGGAAAACUGUUGUGUCCAUGUCAUAUCUGAAAGGUAUGGGAAUCAGCUGGUCUGCAGUGAGGAAUGUAAUGGACAUGAGAGCUGUAUAUGGAGGGUUUGCUGCAGCACUGAAAGACCUAAAUGUAUGGGUUAUGAAUGUAGUUCCAAUCAAUUCACCAGACACACUUCCAAUAAUAUAUGAGCGUGGCUUAUUUGGGAUGUAUCAUGAUUGGUGUGAAUCAUUUAGUACUUACCCCAGAUCUUAUGAUCUUCUUCAUGCUGAUCAUCUCUUCUCCGAUCUCAAGAAAAGGUGCAAAUUAGUCACAAUUAUUGCAGAAGUAGAUAGAAUCCUAAGGCCAGAAGGAUAUUUGAUCAUGCGGGAUAAACUUGAAACCAUAGUUGAGGUGGAGAACUUGGCUCGAUCUCUACAGUGGAAGAUUCGAUUGACGUACUCAAAGGACAAUGAGGGUUUGCUGUGCAUUCAAAAGACAUUCUGGCGUCCCACAAAGGUGCAGACUAUUGUCUCAGCCAUUGCAUAAGAACAAUGCUAUAAUUGCCACCACUGAAAUCCUUUUACUGCUGGAUUAGUUAUUCUUUGGUUUUCUCCAACACCAUUUGAUUUUGAGGAUGUAAUUGCAAUAGUUUCUCAUUUCCCUAGUUGAUUAUUCUUUUACUACACCUCAGCUUUGCUAUCUUAGAUACAUUUUUUGCUCCCUUAAAUUAGAGGGAUAGGGAAGAGUUUUAGGAUGUAAAUUUACACUACAUUAUUAUAUGAAUCAGUUAAAUUAUAUUCAUUUUUGAA